AUGCAGGAACCAGCAGCGGAGCCGCACCCGCACCCUACCGACAGCAGCAGCAACAGCAGCAGCAGCAGCAGCAGCAGCAGCAGCAGCGGCAGCAGCGGCGGUUUCUGGAGGCAACUCUUCGAAGGAAGACGCACCCAAUUCGCAAAACGGAAAAACGGAAAGCCAGCAGCAGCAGCAGCAGCAGCAGCAGCACGAGCAGCAGCCGAUCCCCACCCGAGCAGCAGCAGCAGCAGCACCGCAGACAGCAAGGCCACGAGCAGCAGCAGCAGCAGCAGCAGAAACCAAAAAGCCGGAACUUACCUUUCAACACGAAAUUUCCCCUUUUUAAAUCGCAAUUUGCUGCCCCUAACCUCACCCACUGCUGCUGCUGCAGCAGCAGCUGCUGCUGCUGCUGCGGGUGGUGGCCCCGCAGCAGCAGCAGCAGCCCUCAAGCCGCCGCUGCUGCUGCCGCGCCGCUGCUGCUGCGCUGCUGCUGCUGCUGCUCCGCCAGCAGCAGCAGCUGCUGCUCAGAACCUGAGAGCGAUCCUAGUGUAA